UUAUAAGCUGGAAGAGUGAGCGAAAUGAGUUCAGGAAAAAUGAAAGAGAAAAGAAUUACUUAUCAUUGUGUACUUGAUACGCCUAGCAGAGCUUUUCGCAGCGAUCUUCGACUCCCCUUGAUAGAACGCAGUGUCAGAAUGACUUUCAAUAAAUAAACUUACGACAGCCUGGCUCUGGCCUGGCCGCAGUCAUUCGGCAAAGUCGUUGAUCUUUCGUUGAUCAUUGGAAUUUUGAUCUGCCAGCGAAAUAAAAUAUCAGUGAUCGGUUGAUAAUAUCGUGCUAUCCUUAAUUGUGGUGUGGAUCCGUACGUCAUUUAUUCAUCUUGUUUUACCUCGAUGUAAUAUAGUCUAAAAAUACGAACAUAUUUUACCCUUCUACGCGAUAUACAACGUAUGUUUCAACUACAUAUUUAAAUGAAUGACAGUGGAAAGGCGGUCGAAGAUAACUACAUAUUUAAAUUAGCAAGUCAUCCUAUGCCGAAAUUUGACCCCUCAGGUGUUCAACAGCCACACGCGAUGAUGGUCAACAACGUACCCGUAACUUAAAAUUAUUUGAGAUUUUUAAUACGUAUUAUUUUACUUAGAAAUAUGCUUUUUAUUUCCUCCUUUCGAUACCCAUAUGUGCGUCGUGCAAAUUUUUAGAUAAAGUUGUGCGCGUCUUUUACGAAACGUCGUGUCAAUUUAUACUACUGCAAUUUAUAGUGUACCGUUAAUACAAAACAUACUCAUUUAAAUGUAAAUGAGACGUUCUUGUAAAUAACCAAUAAUGUACAGAAGUUGAAUGUCACGGGCUGUAUACACAUUGUUGGGCAUGCUCGACGGUUAGUUGGAAAAUUGUUUCUUCUUGUACAAUACUCAUAUGAUAUUAAUACAAUAAAUUAAACUGUAGGCUGCUGGAACUGUGAGCGUUAUUUUAAAUGCUUAGGUGUUUCUAAUUGUGUGUGUGGUUUCAUAACCUCAAAGAAUAUAAGAAUUACUUCAACGGUUUUUAGUCACGAGUUGACGAUAUCGGGAUGGAUGGAGAAGAAGAUUAUUCAGAAAUGGAAGGAACCAAAUGUAGCAGUUAUUUUUCUUCAUUCGGUAAAAAUUGUGGUGCUGCAGCUGCUCCCUCAGAGGAAAAGGAAUCUACUGUGACCCUCGGUAAUGAAAAACAUGGAGACCUCGGAGAUAUGACUUUUUGCAUGGCUAAUUAUAUAAAAGAAGCUAUGAAAAUGAUGUUCAUGAUGCGUAGUCAUCAUAUGCUUACCGACGUUGUCCUGGAAGUGGGACAAGAAUUAUUCCAUGCACAUAAAGUCAUUUUGGCUGCAGCAAGUCCUUAUUUUAAGGCAAUGUUUACAGGAGGUCUCAAAGAAAGUGAAAUGACCAGAGUAAACCUACAAGGAGUUUGCCCAACAGCAAUGGCUCGACUUUUGUAUUUUAUGUACACGGGCCAGAUCAGAGUCACUGAGGUAACGGUGUGCUCUUUAUUACCUGCAGCGACGAUGUUCCAGGUCAGUAAUGUCAUAGAUGCAUGUUGCGUGUUCCUCGAGAGACAAUUAGAUCCAACGAAUGCAAUCGGUAUUGCAAAUUUUGCAGAACAGCAUGGCUGCCACGAUUUGCAUCACAAGGCCAAUCAAUUCAUCGUCCAGCACUUCAACAGGAUUUGUCAAGAAGAGGAAUUCUUACAACUUUCUGCGAUUCAGUUGAUAAGCCUCAUUCGAAAGGACGAGUUAAACGUUCAAGAAGAGCGAGAAGUGUACAAUGCCGUGUUGAAAUGGGUGAAAUAUAACGAAGAAUCACGUGGUAUCAAGAUGGAACACAUACUGCAGGCUGUUCGCUGUCAGUACUUGACGCCAAGUUUUCUCCGGGAACAAAUGAAGAAUUGUGAUGUUCUAAAAAAAGUGCCUGCCUGCCGCGAAUAUUUAGCACAAAUUUUCAAAGACUUGACUUUACAUAAAAAACCAGUUGUUAAAGAAAGAACCCCUAACACACCAAGAGUAAUUUACAUUGCGGGGGGAUUUCUUAGGCACUCAUUAGACGUCCUAGAAGGAUACAAUGCCGAUGACAAAAUCUGGAGCCAACAUGCAAGAUUGACUGUACCUCGUUCCGGGCUCGGAGGAGCAUUUUUGAAGGGCAUGUUCUAUGCCGUUGGUGGUAGAAAUAAUUCGCCAGGAAGCAGAUACGACAGCGACUGGGUGGACAGAUAUAAUCCAGUUCUCGAUCAAUGGAGACCAUGCAAUCCCAUGUCAGUACCAAGGAAUAGGGUGGGAGUUGCAGUAAUGGAUGGCGUGUUAUAUGCCGUAGGGGGCAGUGCUGGUGCAGAAUACCACAACAGCGUCGAAUGUUAUGAUACAGAACAAGAUAUUUGGACCAGCGUUGAACCGAUGCACACUAAACGAUUGGGAGUUGGAGUUGCCGUCGUCAAUCGAUUGCUAUAUGCUAUCGGAGGAUUCGACGGUGAACACAGAUUAAGUUCGGUUGAAUGUUACCAUCCAGAAAACGAUGAGUGGACCAUGGUAUCUCCUAUGCAUUGUAGCCGCUCUGGGUCUGGAGUAGCAAGUCUCGGGCAGUACAUUUAUGUAGUGGGAGGGUAUGACGGUACCCGACAACUUAGUUCGGUGGAACGUUAUGACACAGAACGCGAUACUUGGGAGUAUGUUAGCAGAGUUUCAGUCGCACGAAGUGCUUUAAGUGUCACCGUACUUGAUGGAAAACUCUAUGCUAUGGGAGGCUAUGACGGACAGAACUUCUUGAGUAUAGUAGAAAUAUACGAUCCGGCUAAAGACCAAUGGGAACAAGGAAAGCCAAUGACGUCUGGUAGAUCCGGUCAUGCAAGUGCAGUUUCUUAUCACCAGUGUCCAUUGCAUUGCGAACAUUUAGAGCACCAUAUUGGCUCAGGUGGGACCCCAGCAAAACGUUGAUAUUUUGUGUUAAAUACUGUGACCUGGUGAUGUGAAGCAACUUAUUUAUUUGUAAAUGAAGUGUUGUAUUAUUAUGUACAGAAAAAAGACUACGUUGAGAUUUCUCCUGAUAGAACUAGCAGUCAAUCUAUUGGGAGUACACAGUGUGUAAGUCAAUUAUUUGAAGAUAUAUUUUUUUUCAAUUUAAAGCUUCGAAUUAACCGUGUACGAGUUAGUAAAGAUAGACUGGAGACUUGAAUUUAUUUUCAUAUACAUAUACAUAGUAUUAUACAUGUAUAGUUUAACGGUGAAUUCAUUAGGUAGGACGAUCUUCAUUACUUGAGCUAAUAUGAGAAAACCUAAACAAUAACAUAAUAUCUACUGACAAAAACUUAACUAAAUCUCAUCGAAUGGUCAACUUGCACCAUUUUUAGGAGAUUUUAACCCUGAAGCUGUACACGCAGUAAUAGCUCUGAAUUCACUGGCAAUGUUGAUACGGAUAAAGAAUCACACAGAUGAAUUAAAUAACCUGAAUCUACAGUUUUAAGGAAAA